AGAAUCAUAAAAGAAGAGCUUCUUCCUCACUUUCUCUCUUUGUCUUCCUCCCGAGACAUCGCUGUCUUCAUUCAUCUUUUUUUCUGUUUGGGUUUGUCUAACUGAAAACAGAACAAGUGGCAACUGCAAUGGGCGAAUGGGACGUGCUGGGCCGCCUUCUGGAUAAAGUGCAGAGUCACUCCACCGUGAUCGGCAAGGUCUGGCUCACCGUGCUGUUUGUCUUCCGCAUCCUGGUCCUGCGCACCGGCGCCGACAAGGUGUGGGGCGAUGAGCAGUCCGACUUUGUCUGCAACACCCUGCAGCCCGGCUGUGAGAACGUCUGCUACGACAUGGCCUUCCCCAUCUCUCACGUCCGCUUCUGGGUCCUUCAGAUUAUCGCCGUGGCCACUCCGAAGCUGCUGUACCUCGGCCACGUCCUCCACGUGAUCCACCGUGAGAAGAAGAUGAAGGAGAGGAUGAAGAGGCAUGCCGACUCGGACAACCAGACCAGUCCGUUCCUUAGAAGGGCCUACAAAGUUCCCAAGUACACCAAGAGCACCGGCAAGAUCAGCAUCCGCGGGGUUCUCCUUCGCAGUUAUGUCCUCCACCUCGUGGCCAAGAUUGUCCUGGAAGUCCUGUUCAUCGUGGGUCAGUCGUAUCUGUACGGCUUCACCCUCAAGCAGCGCUACAUCUGCAGCUGCUUUCCGUGCCCUCACCAGGUGGACUGCUUCCUGUCCAGGCCGACGGAGAAGUCGGUCAUCAUCUGGUUCAUGCUGGUGUCGGCGGUUGUCUCCCUCUUCCUCAGCGUGAUUGAGCUGCUCUACCUGUGCGUGAAAGCUGUGAGAGAGUGCAUGACGAGGAGGCAGGACUACACCGUGACCCCGGUGACCCCUCCGCCUUUGGAAAGGAAAGCUUUUAAAAGCCGAGGCGACGCCGAGAUGCUCCAAAAUGGUGUCAACCUGGAGCUGGAGCUCCGUGGAGGAAAGUCAGGGGUCACCGAGGCUGCUAUGGAUGUGUCACUAGACAGCAACAACGUGGGAGGGGAGGUGCACACCUCACCGAUCAACAUGGGGGACUGGAGUUUACUGUCUAGCCUUCUGAACAAGGUCAAUUCCCACUCUACGGUCAUCGGAAAGAUCUGGAUGAGCGUGCUCUUCCUCUUUAGAAUCUUGGUCCUGGGUGCGGCCGUGGAGGACGUCUGGGGCGACGAGCAGUCAGACUUCAUCUGCAACACCCAGCAGCCCGGUUGCAACAACGUCUGCUACGAUUGGACCUUCCCCAUCUCCCACAUCCGUUUCUGGGUCCUCCAGAUCAUCUUUGUCUCAACUCCGACGCUGGUCUACCUGGGCCACGCCGUGUUUGUCAUCCACCAGGAGAAGAAGAUGAGGGAGCACCUGUUGAGCCCAGAUGGGUCCCGCGUGUGCAAACUGCCCAAAUACACCAACGAAAGGGGGAAGGUGGCGAUCAAGGGGAACCUGCUGGGGAGCUACCUGACCCAACUCGUGUUCAAGAUCUUCAUCGAGGCCGGCUUCAUCGUGGGCCAGUACUACCUUUACGGCUUCGUCAUGGUGCCCAUGUUCCCGUGCUCUCAGACGCCCUGUCCGUUCACCGUGGAGUGCUACAUGUCCCGACCCACGGAGAAGACCAUCUUCAUCAUCUUCAUGCUGGUGGUGGCCUGUGUCUCCCUGUUUCUCAACUUCCUCGAGGUGUUCUACCUGCUUUGUACCCGGAUCCGGUGUGGGUCCAGGGCUCGCUCUCGCAAAAUCACUACGGCGGAUAACCCUGCGAGCCUGCUGCCCCCCCGGCGGCUGACUACGGAGGACGCGCUCAGGCAGAACAAGGUGAACAUUGAGCUAGAGGGCAGCCAGAGUAUCGGUGGGAGCCUGGAUGGAGCCAAAGAGGAGAAACAGCUACUGAGUUGUCAAUAGAAAACAACUGUGAUGUUUGAAAUGUUUGUUUCAGAUUGCUGCGCUCCUUGUUCUGAUACAUCUAAGAGACUAAAGUAAAGAGUUCAAGAAAGCUUCAUCACCGUGUAGUUAAUUUACUGUUCUUUUAGAACAAUCUGCAUGAAUCUGAAUUUUCUUUUUUAGUGUGACAUUGUUGAAUUAAGACAUUCAUUUUGUAUUACUUAACAGAUAAUCUAAUAAUGCAAUGUUUCCAAUAUUGAUAAUAUAUUUACGUUCUUCAAAACUCAAAAUUGUUUUAAUGUGUCCAGUAAGUUAUUUCAAUGGUUCACAGUCAAAUAUUUUUCUCAUUGUGAAGAUGCUGUAAAGGAUGAUUGCAGUAAAGAGUUUCUAAUGUGUAUGACGGACAUGUUUGUGUGUUAGGAUAUUUUUAAUAAACAAUUUAAAUUGAAAAAAGAACAAAUGUU